AUGAAUGAAAGAGAAGGACGGGUGGGUGGGAGCCUUGAUCACAUGAGGAGGAGCAGGAACUGGAGCUGGGCACCGGCAGUUUCUGCAGAGCAAGUCAGUGCAGGAAGUCGGAACUGCAAAGAAACAAUUAAGCUGUCUGAAAGGAUCUUCAUUAAAAGCACCACAACAAGAAGCAUUUUCAGAACAGAAAUGAACAGCUGGACAGCAAAUAACAGUUCCGUCAACAGCAAUGGAACAGAUCUCACUAUCGGCUUUACCUCUUCUGCAAUAGCUGUCUUUUUAUUUGGGACAAACUUUGUACCUGUUAAGAAAUUUGAUACUGGUGAUGGAAUGUUCUUCCAGUGGAUUCUCUGUGCUGCAAUAUGGAUAGUAUCAUUGGUGGUGAACCUUAUUCAGAAUAGCCCUAGGUUUUGGCCUCUUGCUAUGGUUGGGGGUAGUGUAUGGGCUACAGGUAACAUUACAGUUGUCCCCAUUGUUAAAACCAUUGGUUUAGGUCUUGGACUCUUAAUCUGGGCUUCUUUUAAUUUGCUAACUGGCUGGGCAAGCUCAAGAUUCGGCUGGUUUGGAAUUGACCCAGAAGUAGUAUCAAAACCCAUCUUAAAUUAUAUCGGAGCUGGACUUUCAGUGUUAAGCACUAUCAUAUUUCUUUUUGUAAAAAGUGAAGUUCAAAGUUCUUCAACUUUGUUAGAAGCCACCCCAUUACUGAGAGAGAGGUCAGUCAACAAUUCUGAAAAUACCUAUUCUGAUGCUUCAUGGGUAGACAGUCUUUCUCCAGUACGAAAAAGAGUAAUAGGCUGUACCCUAGCAGUAGUAGCUGGAAUAUUCUAUGGUUCCAGCUUUGUGCCAGUGCUCUACAUCAAGGACCAUGGUAGAAGAAAUGGAACGGUAUACACAGGAGCAAGUCAAUUUGAUUUAGACUAUGUCUUUGCACACUUUAGUGGAAUCUUUCUCACAAGUACCAUAUAUUUUUUGAUCUACUGUGCAGUCAUGAAAAAUAAACCUAAAGUUUACCCUGAAGCCAUAAUACCAGGAUUUGUUGCUGGUGUACUUUGGGCAAUAGCCAAUUGUUGCUGGUUCAUAGCUAAUCACUACCUCAGUGCGGUGGUCAGCUUUCCAAUAAUUACUGCUGGCCCUGGCUUUGUAGCUGCUAUGUGGGGAGUCCUGGUAUUUAAAGAAAUAAAGGGAUUGAAAAACUACCUGUUACUCUCCGUAGCAUUUUGCGUCAUUUUGGCUGGGUCACUCUCCACAGCGUUUUCUAAAAUUUGA